AUGGCCACCCUCAGACUUCCGGUGAAGCCCAGGAUUGUUAAAAAGAGGACUAACAAGUUCAUCUGGCGCCACUCAGACCCACAUGUCAAAAGUCAAUGCAACUGGAGGAAACCCAGAGGCAUCGGUGAAACGGGGGGAAGACAAUCUAAGGGCCAGAUCUCGAUGCCCAACAUUGGUUACGAGAGCAGCAAGAAAACAAAGUAUAUGCUGCCCAGUGGCUUCCGGAAGUUCCUAGUCCACCACAUCAAGGAGCUUGAAGUGCUGCCGACUUACAACAAAUCUUACUGCACAGAGAUUGCUCACAAUGUCUCCUCCCAGACCCACCAAGCCAAGGCAGAAAGAGCAGCCCAGUUGGCCACCAGGGUCACCAAUCCCGAUGUCAGGCUACGCAGCAAAGAAAAUGAAUAG